UGGGCCAAGUCUUUCGACAAGAGUGGGAGCCCAAUAGUGUGUUUAGAAGGUUAGACACAGUCCAUUUACUCUGUCGUUUAAAAAGCCCUUGCCUACAGAAAACCCUCGAAACCCUAGCAGUUGUUGUGGUCUUGGAGAGACGAUACGCAGAGGAGAUUGCGGCGAGGCAACACAAAGAUACAUCUCAUCUCCUUCAGAACAUUAAAUAACCAUGUCGAUCGGAGAGCUAGCUUGCAGCUACGCCGUCAUGGCCCUCCAUGACGAUGGAGUCCCUGUCACUGCUGAGAAGAUUGCCUCCUUGGUGGAAGCUGCUAACUUGAAGGUUGAAUCUUACUGGUUUGGCCUGUUCGCUAAGCUUGCCGAGAAGCGCAACAUUGAUGACCUUAUUGUGAGUGGCGGUGCCGGAGGUGGUGGUGUUGCAGUUGAUGCUGUUCCCAGGUCAGCUGGUGGCGACGCUGCAGCCGCCGCCGCUCCCGCUGCUGAGGAGAAGAAGGAAGAACCAAAGGAAGAGAGUGACGAUGACAUGGGUUUCAGUCUGUUUGAUUAGGAGCUCCUUUCAGUGUGUGAUGCAGUACUUUGCUAUUUUUAGUUACUUUUUUGGGUUAUUACCUUAUUAUCUUUUGUUUUAGGAGUUUAUCUUUUAUUCGUAACAAAUAUAUGUGUUCGUGUUGAGCGAAUUGUUCAGGGUCUUGUUAAUUUGAACAUCUUUAGUUCUUAAAAUUUUCCCAUCGAGCUUCUUGGUAUACUAUGUCUUUGGAGUCAGUUUUGGCUUCCUAUUAUUUAUAUUUUGCACAUUUUCUCUAA